AUUGAACAUGAACUGAGACUUUUGAGCAUCAUUUGCCAAAUCAAUCGUGAAUAAAUGAGCUCUACGAUGAAGCCUCAUGCAGUUUGUAUCCCUCUUCCAGCUCAAGGCCACAUAAACCCAAUGCUCAAACUUGCAAAGCUUCUCCAUUUCAAAGGAUUCUAUAUAACCUUUGUCCACACAGAGUUCAACUACAAUCGCUUACUUCAAUCUAGAGGCUCAGAUGCUAUCAACGGCACAGAGGAUUUCCAGUUCGAAACUAUAUCCGAUGGCUUGCCACCGAAGAACCAACGAGGAAUACUUGACCUCCCGGAGUUGUGCAGAGCCAUGCCAGUUGAGGGCCAGCGUUCAUUCAGAGACCUCAUCAAAAAACUCAACAAGGCUUCGUCGUGGUCGGAUGUGCCAGCUGUAGGUUGUAUUAUUUCUGAUGGAGUAAUGGGCUUUACCUUUCAAGUUGCUCAAGAAUUUGGCAUCCCAGAGAUGCUUCUAUUUACACCUAGUGGUUGUGGUAUGUUGGGGUAUCUACACUAUGCAGAUCUACUAGAAAGAGGGUAUUUUCCAUUGAAAGAUGAUAGCGACUUAAGUACUGGGUUUCUUGAUACUGUGAUUGAUUGGAUACCGGCAAUGGAAGGAAUUCGAUUGAAAGAUCUCCCCACCUUCCUCCGAACAACGAAUCGAGACGAUACAAUGUUCAACUACAACAUACAAGCAGUAGAGAUUGCCAUGAAAGCUCAAGGUGUGAUCCUCAACACAUUUGAUGAAUUGGAGAAAGAAUUCGUGGAUGUGAUCACAACAAAGUUCCCCCAGCUCUACACCAUUGGUCCACUAUCACUCCUUCAACACAAUAUGUCCACAACACAUUACUUGGACUCAAUUGAUUCAAAUUUGUGGAAGGAAGACAAGAAAUGCUUGGACUGGUUAGAUAAGAGAGAGCCUCAAUCAGUGGUGUAUGUCAACUAUGGAAGCCUAGUAAUAAUGACUAAAGAACAAUUGGCUGAGUUUGCUUGGGGGCUUGCCAAUAGCAAAUAUCCAUUUUUGUGGGUCAUUAGGCCAAAUCUUGUAGAUGGUGGAGAAGAGAUUUUAUCAAAUGAAGAUUUCAUGGAGGAGACAAAGAAAAGAGGCUUGUUUUUGGAAUGGGGUCCACAAGAGGAAGUUCUUAAGCAUCCUUCAAUUGGAGGUUUUUUAACACAUUGUGGUUGGAAUUCAACUUUGGAAAGCAUUUGUGAGGGAGUGCCAUUAAUUUGUUGGCCUUUUUUUGCAGAGCAACAAACCAACUGCUUUUAUUUAUGUAAUAAGUGGGGGUUUGGGAUGGAGAUUGACACAAAAGUGAAGAGAGAGAAGGUGGAGAGGCUUGUGAGAGAGUUGAUGGAGGGUGAGAAAGGGAAGGAGAUGAGGGAAAAGGCUAUGGAAUGGAAGAAGAAGGCAGAAGCAGCUACAAGAACUGGUGGAUCUUCUUACACUAACUUUGAUAUGUUGGUUAAGCAGCUCAAACAAGAGCCCAUUGGCUUGGAGAACUUGUCAUAGAGUUAUUGGGGGUAUGUAGUUUUUAUUUUAUUUACAUAAAAAAAAUUGUCAUUUUGCAAGAGACUUGUAGCUCAAGUGAUUAAGAGCAUUUUUAUCCAUGCUCCCGAAAUUUCAUGAUUGAUAUUCCCUCCCCAAUA